GGAUCGCCGGCUGGAUCGGUAGAUGACACUGUCUUCGCAGCCAUCUUUCACAGUCACUCACACUAGCCAUGUUUUCGUCGCAACUAGCCAUCUCAUAAUAUAAAUAAGUCAUUAUGGGUGUUCACGGGCUCUGGAACGUCGUCCAGCCUUGCGCACGGCCCAUCAAACUCGAGACCCUCAACAAGAGGCGGUUGGCCGUCGAUGCGUCGAUCUGGAUCUAUCAAUUUUUGAAGGCAGUCCGUGAUAAAGAAGGAAAUGCACUUCGUAACUCCCACAUCGUGGGUUUCUUCCGUCGCAUAUGCAAAUUACUCUACUUUGGCAUCAAGCCGGUUUUCGUGUUUGAUGGUGGCGCCCCAAUCCUCAAGCGACAGACCAUAGCGAGCAGACAGAAACGACGAGAGGGCCGCAGAGAAGAUGCCGUGCGCACGGCCGGGAAACUACUCGCAGUGCAGAUGCAAAGAAUUGCCGAGGAAGAGGCGGCUAAUCGCAAGAAUGCGACAGCCAAGCAGACAGAAGAGGAAGUGACAGAUAGACCGGUAUAUGCGGAGGAGGCUUUUAUGACGGACAAAGAGAAGCAGCAAGGCCGCUCGUUCAGAAAGAAGGAUGCGUACCAUCUGCCGGACAUGCAGGUUUCACUAGAGGCGAUGGGCGCUCCGAACGACCCGCGCAUUAUGUCACAGGAGGAGCUUGAGGAGUACGCCAGACAGUUUCAUCGGGGCGAGGACAUUAAUUUGUACGACUUUUCUAAAAUCGAUUUCGACAGCCCGUUCUUCAUCAGUCUUCCGGCUACAGAUCGGUAUAAUAUCUUAAAUGCGGCUAGACUUCGGAGUCGCCUACGAAUGGGGUAUUCCAAGGAACAGCUUGAUCAUAUGUUCCCGGACCGUAUGGCUUUUUCGAAAUUCCAGAUUGAGCGAGUCAAGGAGAGGAACGAUCUGACUCAGCGUUUGAUGAACAUCAACGGCAUGAAUGGCGAAGAAGCAUUCUACAACUCGGGACAGAGGAUUGCCGGAGAACGCGGCAAGGAGUACGUAUUGGUGAAAGACAACACGGUGGAAGGUGGCUGGGUCCUCGGUGUGGUCGGCAACAAGGAUGAAGGUCGCGAGGGGAAACCCAUCGACGUUGAUCAGUACGGAAUGCAGGAGGUUCUUCCGGUAGAGCACAGCUCCGAUGAUGAUGACGGCUUCGAGGAUGUGCCUGUGGAAGGUCUUAACCGACUUCCUCGACUCCCCUUUCUACAAGAUGGCGUUCUUGACGAUUCCGUCAGAGAGCAGAUGCAAAGGACGGCUGGGAGAAAGGCCAGCGCUAUGUCGCAAGACCUUGAGGAUGACUCAUUAUUUGUUCCAGAUGGUCAACUACAAGGAAGCAGAGAGAUUAACGGCUUAUUCGAAGAGGGUGAAGAUGGAGACCUCCAAAAAGCGAUUCAAAUGUCGCUCGAGUCUGGAGCCGAUCAACAGGACGAUGAUAUGCCUGAUAUACAGCUCAAUAGAAAUACCGCUCCUCUCCCAUCAAACAAGGAUGAUACAUACAAUAUUAGUGCAGAGAGCGAUGACGAUGACGCACUAGAUUUUGGAGCGGCAUUGGCGCAAUCAAAGCGAACAAAAAAGGAGCCGGCCAGCACCGGUGCUUCGCGUCCGGUCAUUGACCAUCCUUUCGACGGGCCUCUACCUUUCGAAUCCAUGAAACUCCACAAGCCGUCUAGACAUGAAAAAUCAAACAACGAAACGGUUUAUGAGCAUGCUGGUGGUUUUGAGAAAGAGUCCAACUCUAAAUCGAAGGAGAACAUUAUUUUGCCGCCAUGGUUCUCAGGGAGCAAUUCGAAAGCGGACUUCAUUACCGACAAGGCUGAUGAUACACUGCCGGUCCGUAGGGACAAGGAAUUGACUCCGGACCACCUCUUCCUGAAGAAUCACGAAUCCCCUAAGAUCAUCGAUGUUGACAAGCCUCCAAAAACAAACGAAGUCAUCGAUUUGGAAUCUGAUGUGGAAGAAGUUAAAGCCGAUGCACCACAAGCUGCUCCCAAAUACGAGGAAAUCAACGCGACCCCCGGGACUGUGCCGCUAGCAGCGCAAGACAACGUCGUUCGUCUUCCAGAGUCUCCGGAAGUCAGCUCGGCUGCAGAAAACAAGAACGAUGAGCAAGCCAGUGCACAUGGUGAAGUAUUUGGCGCCAGUAUGCAAAAUGAUGACGAGCAUGCCGAAGUCUCGCCAUCGCCUGAAUUUGAGGACGUUGCAGAACCACAAGAACCUGCUACUGAAUCACGUACGGUACCAUCACCAUCGCCCGAGUUCGAGGAUGUGCCAACCGAGCCACAGGAGUCGGUCGCUGUCUCACGUACCGCAGCGUCACCGUCGCCCGAAUUUGAGGACGUCAAAAUACCAUCUGAACAGCCAGUAGCCGAUAAUGUCACUACUGGGCUAGAACCUCAAGCUGCCAUUGAUCUGGCCGAAGCCGAGAGGCUCGUCAGGGAAGAGGAAGAAUUUUCGGACCCUGAGGAUGAGGACUUGAUGCGACAACUCGCAGCCGAAGGCGAGGAGCACGUCCGAUUUGCGGCCACCUUGAAUUCUGCGGCACAGAAUGAGAGCGCCUUUGAUUACGAACAGGAGCUUAAGCAGUUGCGGUCGCAACAAAAGAAGGAUCGUCGCGAUGCAGAUGAAGUAUCGCAGAUCAUGAUAACCGAGUGUCAGCAGCUGCUCAAAUUAUUCGGCCUCCCAUACGUUACCGCGCCCAUGGAGGCCGAAGCGCAGUGUGCAGAACUAGUCAACUUGGGCCUCGUCGACGGCAUCAUCACUGAUGACAGCGAUUGCUUCCUGUUUGGUGGUACCCGUAUCUACAAAAACAUGUUCAAUCAGAGCAAGUUCGUCGAGUGUUACCUCAGUUCCGAUCUGGAGAAGGAGUAUGCUCUUCAUCGACAGAAGCUUAUCAGUUUCUCUCACCUGCUCGGCAGUGACUAUACCGAGGGGAUUCCGGGCAUCGGGCCUGUAACGGCACUCGAGAUCAUUACGGAAUUCGCCAGCUUAGAAGAAUUCCGCGACUGGUGGACCCAGGUUCAAAUGGGAGUCAACAUGGCAGAGGGCGAACACGCAGCUUUCUACAAGAAGUUCAAGAAGCAGGCCUCGAAGAUUUUCCUGCCUCCAUCUUUCCCGGACUCCCGGGUAGAUACGGCCUACUUUGAACCCGAGGUCGACUCGGACCCGUCUGCUUUCCAAUGGGGUGUUCCCGAUCUCCACGGACUACGACAUUUCCUGAUGACGACGAUUGGAUGGAGCCAGGAACGAACUGACGAAGUGCUGGUGCCCGUCAUUCGGGACAUGAAUCAGAGGGAACAAGAAGGCACGCAGUCCAACAUUACGAACUUUUUCCACGGACCUACAGGAGCCGGAGCGUUUGCGCCACGGGCUCGACCCGCGGGUCAGAGUCGGAUGGAGAAGGCGUUCAGUCGACUACGGCGGGAAGCUGGAGCCGAUCAAACCGGAUCGACAGAGGUUGAUGGCGAAGAAUCCCCUGGGAAUCCUGGCGGACGAGCGACAGGAACCAAGCGGGGGGCACGUGAGGGCGAGGCAGCUGAGCAGGCUGGCAGUGGUGACGUGAAGACUAGUAAGAAGCGAAAAACCCGACAGAGGAAGGAGUAGUCUCGGUCAUGUUAGAAAUAAAAAUCUACGAAAAUCCUGUUGCCAAGAUUUUUAGGACGACGUUCCAUCAGAUUCCUGAAGAAUUCUCUGCCAGGGUCUUAAAUUGUCACGUAAUGGUUGGUCCCCACCGUUCGUCCCCGACGUUGCAGGCGAAAAUGAACCAACCAAGCACCGCACGAUGGAUCUAAUCUGGACGAUCCGAAAGCGGAGAGUCGAUCACCCGAGCAUGAGAGACCUUGUACUUUAUUUAGGAUUGGAUAUGGGUGGUUUCACAAUUCUCCGUCCUACGUCUACAUGCACAUGGUCCAAGCGUUUCUUGAUGGAGUGUAGUACACCUAGUAGAAUUAGUUAUCAUUUGAAAAAGAGAAAAAGAAAAAGAAAAAGCGUUCCUGACCGUGGAGUUCAAACUUCAACCAACCUCGACCUAGUCGUACCUAGUCAUGACAUUAUUGAACCGACGACCCGAACUGUGCGAGGCCAGGGGAAUCGAUGACAUCACAAUGGAGACCUAUCGAUGACGUCGCAGAUCCGGAGUCCCUAGCGGUGAACAGUAGAACGAGCAGACAGAGCAUGGAAGAGUAACCACGGCGAUGAAGACUUCGAGUGGGGCAGAUGCUGGUCCCCUGCAGACCCCUUCGAUAAGUUCCUCAAUCACUCGUGUGAACUCUUCGCGUCCAAUCCGCGAGCUCAAUUGCGCCUGAACGAUCAGGCCGAUCGUCAUUAUUCAUCAUCGCCGCCAGCGUGACUGCCCCAUCGGGACUAGCGUGUCGGCGAGUCUCGACGUCACCAGCGUCGCCCGUUGCAACUCUUCCUCUCCUCCUCCGU